AUGUCCGGAUCCUGUAACUCAGAAGACCUCCCGAUUCUAUUCAACAAUUUGAAACUAAUUCCCUUCACAGCGUGCGCAGCAUUUUGUUCCAAAUUUCCAGUUGAAAAAAAUUCCGGAUUUUGGGGAUUUUCCAUUUUUCUGGCGGCUAUGAUAGCAAUAUUAUUGAUUGCCAGUGUUUUGGAUUUUGUUUUGGAGAAGAAUAACAUCGAGAGUUCUGGAAGCAUGCUGAAAAUCCUAUUUUGUUUUUCGAUUUGGAGCAAUUCAGAAGUCAUAUUAUCAGUGAAAGAGCAGAAAGUUGGAUUUAUCAAAUCAAUGGAUUCAAUUCGAUUUUUAUCAAUGCUUUGGGUUGUUACAGGACACACUUUUACAUUUUUAAUACCCCCAGACACCCUAAAAUCUCUAUCCAACUUCACAAAUUCCUACUGGAAUCAUUUAAUUUUAAACGCAUUUUUCUCCGUUGACACUUUCUUCUUGUUAUCUGGAACCGUUGUGGCCUAUCUAUUUUUCAAGCAGAAGCCCACAAAGUCACAAAUUUCAAGUCCGAUGACGUGGAUUUUGUUUUAUGUACAUCGAUUUUUGAGGUUGACACCUCCUUAUAUGAUCUUCAUUGGAUUUUAUGUGGUUUAUGGACAAUAUGUGCAAGGACCAUUUUCGGCGAGUCAAUUUAAUACCCUGCUCCCCGGAAUCCAAACCUGCCAAUCCUACUGGUGGAAGAAUCUACUGUACAUGAAUAACAUGGGCGAUGCGGAGACGGCCUGUUAUGCUCCGUCCUGGUACCUAGCAGUGGAUACUCAAUUAUAUUUAAUUGCCCCAAUUAUCCUAAUUGGUCUCUGUUUUUCUUCUUUAAUUGGGUCGAUUAUAGCCGUGAUUGGCUGUGUAGCAAGCGUGGUUACAGUAUACAUUUUAUAUUCAACUUAUGAUCUUCCCGCGGACUUUUUUGGAAAUGGAAACACAAAUCUGCUCUACGACAUGAUUUACCAUAAGCCAUGGAUUCGAUGUCCCCCAUAUUUCAUGGGACUUCUCGUUGGCUAUUUUUUAGCCAAGUUUGGGUCCCAAAAAGUUAAAAUUCCCUGGAUUUUGGCUAUUUUCGGAUGGAUUUUGGCUUUUGGUCUUGGAAUUGCAUGCAUGUUUUGUACAUAUGAUUAUGACAAAGGCGUGAAAUGGAGCAUUUUUGCUCGAGCAACCUACUACAAUUUCUCUCGUAUUGCCUGGUCAUUUUUUGUCUCCUGGGUCAUUAUCGCCAAUCACAUGGGUUGGGGAGGACCAAUUGAUAACUUCAUGUCCCAUACGAUAUGGCAACCAUUGGGCAGGUUGUCCUAUUGUGUAUAUAUUGUCCAUUUUUUCACACUUUUCUGGUUUUUAAACAUCAGCGAUCAUUCCAUACAUUUCUAUUCUACGUUUCAGGUGUUCAUCUACUAUGCUGUUCCUGCUUGUCUUUUAUCAUACAUUUUUGCAUUUUUCUGGAGUUCUCUUUUCGAAAUUCCAAUUUUAAAACUCGAAAAAAUGAUGAUUGAGGGUUUAAUGGGAAGAACGAAAAAAAAUCAAGAAGUGGAAAAUCAAGGAUUGGAAAACGAGAAUUCAUUAGAAGAAGAUAAUUCUGGAAGUUCGGAAAGAUUAAUUACACUUUGA